AAUCCGAAAUUAAAAGAUCAUUACUCUCCGAUAAGACAAUUUCUAAAAAUCGAAAUGCCACUCUUACUUUGACUCAAACGAUUUCAAACAAAACAAAAUGAUAGUUAAAGCAGUUUAUGUAUUUAAAUUAUAAGUCUUGAUAUUGCAUCUUUUAUUUUAAUUAUUUUCUGCAUGCAUAUAAUUAAAUAAUAUAAAUAUUAUUUGUAGCGAAAAGAAUAUUUAUACAUCAAUCACAAUUGAAGGAAAAAAGAUUGGUGUAACUUUUACAACAAAUCUUAGUACAAUAACAUUUUAACAAUAAAUCUUAUCAUAAAAACAUAUCAAAUUAUUUUAUAUAAAAACACAGACGAGUUAUGAAUCGAAUUAUACAACGGACAAUAUUUGAUGAUAGAAUUGAAAUCGACUGAAAAUCGCAAUUGAGACAGGAACAUAUCGGCGUGUAAGAUUACAUAAAAUAAUCAUAUUAACUGAAGUAAAUGAUUGAGAAGAAUACAUCAGAAUAAAUGUCAUUUUGUUUAGAAAAAUAUAUUUCGCGUCAAUGUACAAGUUACUUAAGUCAUAGUAUUCAAAGAAAAUAAGUCAAUUCAAAGAAAAUAAAAAAUCACAGUAAGACGUGGUCUGAAAAAUUGGCAUACGAUUCCCAUUACGAACACAUUUUGGUAAUAGGAAUCUUAUUUUUGAAUUAUGAAAUUGCUUGACUUGAGAUCUCCUGCAAUUUUCCACUUUUACAGCCUCAACUUUAAUCAUGGAGUGAGCACAGGCACGAUGGCAUGCUCCUAUGUCUCUACAUCAAAGCAUCAUUGACAGAGAGAUCUCUGUACUCUCUGUACAUAUUGAGUUCCAGAUCUUGACUCAUACCUUAGCCAAAUGUCAAAAGUUCUUGAUUUUUACUGGCGAUUUCUCUGGUAUAUUUCUUAAAUUUUUUCAGUUGACGCAGAAAAUGCCAAAAUCUGGACUUUGCAACAAUGACAUCGGGCGCAAAUAUCCUCAUUUUGUAUAGUGGUGUGAUUGUUUCUUUUUCUAUUGACAACUUGCGUUCGAUUACGUCGAACUCUUUCAAUUUUGCAAUUUUGGAUGAACUACUGCAUAUGUAAAGCAUAGUAAUUAAAUAUGAGUUUUCUUAACUGACUUCACUCUUAGCUUUUAUUUUGCCGUGUGUGUGCCUUGAUGACAAAUCAGAAACAGAUCAACAUACUUUUGGUUACCUCGGAAAUGGAACCAUUUAAUUUCCUAGUGAAAUAUUACUGUUUAAACAGAGAUAAAAUAUAGACUUAAUAUCUUACAAAAUUUCAAAUCAUAUUGAAGUAGAUUAAAAAAAAAAUUUCAGGUAUUCCUCAUUAACAAUGUUUUGAAAAUUAUAUAAUAAAAUUAAUUUUUAUUGAAUUUUUUAAACAUUUUAUUAUAAAUAAAUGCCUACUCAACAGAACAUAAAUAUUUAUGUAAUAUAAAUUUGUAUACAAAAAUAAAUUAUAUUUGUACUAUAUAGAUUUUUGAUAGUUUAUUCAUUCACUUAAUAUUUAUCAACGAACUCGAAUGUAAUGUUGGCAUAGGAAUAUCGUGAUAUUACUUAUCGAGUUAUAGUCUAUUUAUUCCGAAAUAAAACUAACACUGCACCAUCUAUUGAUAAUUUUAUUAGUCAUGUAGUUUAUAAGUAGUUUACAAAGUGUUAAGUUUAUAUUUUUCGUUGUUAUUUUAGUGCUAAAAUUUAGUGCUUGUUUAAUAAAUAUAAUUUAUAAUCAUGAAUAUAGCAAAUAAAAUACCAAAUCUUGAUAAAAUUUUACGAGACGAUGAUGAAUCUGAUCUUAUGCCAGCGGCAGGAGCAAAUUUAGCAGCUAUUUUUGGAUCAGAAGCUAAAAGAUCAUCUCUGAGUUACUCUCCAACAAAACAAAUUUCUAAAAAUCUAAAUACAUCUCAUAUUUUGACUCAAACAAUUUCAAACAAAACAGAAGUCAUAAUAGCUAAAGCAGUUUAUGCAUUUAAAUUUGAAAAUGGUUUUUACAUAUCAGUCACAGUUGAAGGAAAAAAGAUUGGUGUAGCUCUUACAAGAAAUCUUGCAACAAAAGUAUAUCAAAUUAUUUUAUAUAUAAGUAAGGAAAAAUAUGUAUCAGUUGCUACAGUGACACGUGAUUUUUCAUAUAUAAUACAACCAAACAAUUAUUCACAUUAUUAUGAUAGUAAUAUGAAAAAUUGGUCAAUUUUAUUUGAAAAUAAUGAUGUUUGUAUAGAAUUUGCAAGAGAAGUAGCUUUAGCUCGAUAUUUUUCAAAAAAUGGGAAAAUAGAAAAUGUACUUUAUCAAGAUUUAUCACCAGUUAAUAAAGAUGUAACAGUAAAAGAAGGAGACAGUAUAUCUAUCAAAUAUUUGAUUGUAACAGAUAUAAUACAACCUCUUAAAAAUAUCCCCACAUAUCAAACAAUGACAGUAGAAAUAUCUGCAGAUGAUAAUUGGGAAAGGGCACUUUUAGAAAGCAAUAAAGGAUCAAAAAGAAUAUUAUUUGUGCCUCCUAAUAAACAGAUUAGUCUAGGACCAGGAUUUCCGAAAGAAAAAGAUAUUUUAUUAGAAGUAGAAAUAAUAGAUAUACAAACAUUCGAGUUAUCACAUUUGCAUAAAACUUCAAGUGAUAAAGCUUCCAUUAUAUCACGAAUGGCAAAAAUGGGACAAUCAAUAUUACCAAAACUCCCAUCUAGUACUACAGAUUCUGAGGAUACUGAAAUUGAAUCAUCUCAAGAAGAAUUACAAAAAGAACAUUUUCCAGCAGAAUUUGGAGAUGAAAUGUUACAAAAUUCACAUCAGGUAUUAAAACUACAAAGUGAUGAAUCUGUGACAAAUAUUGCUUGUAAAUCUUUUGUUAAAUCAUCUGUGUUUACUCCUCAAUGGUCUCCUUCACAACCAAAUUUUGUUACUAUGGGUGGUCAGAUAUAUACAGAUAUCAGAUCAUUACAGUCACAAACAACAACUUCAACAUUACCAACAAUAAUAGAUCCAGGAUUAAAUAUGUUACUGUCUGAAACUAGAAUAACAAACGCAGAACUACGAAUGGGAAUGUCUAAGAUAGCUGAUAAUGUGCAAAAAGUGCUUGAUAAGUUUCAUGUUCUUGAACUUCAAAAUGCUACAUCUCCUACAAAAAAUAGAAUGAUUUUGGAUAAUACUUUAAAAAUGUUAUCCAUUAAUGUAACUGAAGAAAAGGAUAGUCAAUCACAGAAUAUAUCUAAUAUAGCUACUGAUAAUUUCACACAAUUAAUUGAAAUGAAAGAAAGAAUAAGCAUAUUGGAGAAAGAAUUAAAUCAAUCAAAAGAACAAAUAAAAGAUCUCGAAACUCAAAAAGAAUCUUUAAUACAGACUAAUGAAAAUUUGCAUAAAACUAUUAAAGAAUUAGAAAUAUCUUUAAAAGAUACGAAUAUUGCAUUCACUAAUGUGAAAAAAGAUUUAGAAGAAGCAACGAAACUUAAUAACAAAUAUAAGGAAAAGACAAUGGUAUUAGAAAAUAAAAUGCUUAAGCUUUCUGAAGGAUGUGCUGAACAACUUACUAAUUCUAAAAAAAUAAAUGAAAAUGAUAAUAAAAAGAAGGAGAUAAAAUGUAUAAUGAAUAAAAUUUAUCACGCUUUAUUGGAUAAAUUUAUAGAUGAAUACUCUGUGAAUUAUAUAAGAACAAUAAUAGCAGAUACAAUAAAGAAUGUUACAUUACAAGUUUUAUAUAAUUCUGAUGAGACUAAUGAUGGUACUGAAUUAAAAUCUAACAAUAUAGAAACUGAAGUUUCGAAAACUGAUAAUACGGAAUCAAAAGUUUCUGGCUUUGUACAGGUGUCUUCUAUCUUACAAAAUGAACCACCACCCAUUCCUCCUAUAGACACUGAGGAUGAUAAUGAGUGGCUACAUUAACGAUUGUAUUCUUUUUGGUUUAUAAUUCUGCUUUGAAAACACAUAAAAAAUUUCAUGUAAAUUAGAAAUUUGAUUGCACUUAAGGAUAUCUUAGAAUUUUUUUAAAAAAACCUGUAUAUUGAUAUUAAUAAAUAUUAUUUUAAAUAUAUCGGUGAUUUAUUAUUCUGUUGUAGUAGGUUAUAUAGGGUAUAGAAUAAUAAUAGGUUAUUAAAUCUUAUAAUAAUUUACGUAACUUUUGAUCCCUCGAUAUUGAAGAAAUUAUCGACGAAAUUAUGCCGAUGAAAAAUUAUGUCGCUAGUUUAUUCUGUGGCUUCGAUUUCAUCGUGUAAAAUGUAAAAAUUAUUCGAAUGCAGAUGAAAAUUACAACAGUUGCGCUGUAGUUCAGUCACUUGUCUUGUAUCAGAAAUGGCGCAAAAUCAAGGUGCACGCUUUCGUGAAAAUCGGAUAUUAUAGAGCAUUGUUAAAAAGAAGGAAUGCUACGAAAAAUAUGACAGGACAUCAUUAAUUGUCACUUUUAUGAUGGAUAUAAAUACUGUAGAAGAUGAGGAUGUAUCUUUCCAUUUGGGGGAAAUGUUUGAUAGCUAUGAAGCAUUGGAACACAAGUUGGAGAGAUUUUCAAAGCGUAGUCUAGUUCACUAUUGGAGAAGAGACAGCAGAACCGUUAAUGGAGCUCAUAUGAAAACUGCUCGUCCAAUUAGCGAACGUUUAAAGUAUUAUUCUGUCAAAUAUGCAUGUAUUUAUGGUGGUCAGAAGUUUUUACCACGUGGAGCUGGCAGAAGACAGUCCCAAUCGAUAAGAACAAAUUGUCCUGCUCAUAUUAUGUUAAGAGCAUCAAAAGAUGGUACAAAGCUAGAGGUAACUAGUGUCAAUAAUGAACAUAAUCACGAAAUUUCAGAGGAACUGUUCAAAAAUCUUCCACAAGAAAGGAAAUUAUGUGGCGAAAUUAAACAGGAAGUACAAGAUCUCAUGCAAUUACAUAUUGAUCGAAAAAGAUUGAAAGAAUAUGUAAGAUUACGAACAAACAAGAUACUUAGGUCCAAAGAUUUAUUUAAUAUAGCAGCAGCUAAUAAACAAAAGAAGAAUAUAACGCCCGAGAGAGCAUAUCAGUUGUUUAAAAAAAUUCACGACAUAGAGAAAAUGCAAGGCAGAAACAAUGAUAGAAAAAUGUAUUCUGAACCUGAAGACGAAAUUGCACAAACAAUAAAAAGGAUAAAAAAAGAACAAUCUCCUUGGGGGCAAGAUGGAUUACCAACUGAAUUGGAAGUAGAUGAAGGAAAUGAUGGUGAUGAUUCUUACAGUGGUCAAUUAACACAAGAAGAAGUGGUAGAUGAAAUUGAUACAACAGAAGGUGAACUAUUGAGAACAAAUAAUGACGGGGAUAUUAUAGCAGCGAAUGGUGAAAUUGUAGGAGAGUUAGUAAUGCAAGAUGGAGAUCCAUCUGUAAUUGUCGAGUCCAUUGUGAACGCUGAUGGUUCUGUUUUUGUAGAUGAGAGAGAAUUUAAUACCUAUUGUAACAAUCAUUUAUCACACACUGUAGAUGGUAGUCAAUCUCCCAGUACCAGAGUUUUAGACAUUGAAACUAUCACGCCUACUGCUAAUAUGGAAAAAAUAAAAGGAACAUCUACUUCUCCUAAACAGCAAACUAGAUCUCUUACACCUCAGUCACAACAAACUGCAAAAUCACCAUCAAAUACAUUCAAUGAAUCUGCAGACUCUAGGAUUUGGAUCAUGAAAAAGGCCACAAAUACAGAGGCGGAGCCUGACAGUGGACCUGAAAGUGAAAUAAAUUGUUCAAAGUCGACGACAACUGUAAAAAGAAAUGUUGAUACCCCUGAGGUGAUACUGUCAGACGAAGCCAGUCAUCAGUUACUUCAAGAACAACUAGCUGUACUUCGUGCAGAAAAAGGAAAGCUGUAUCAUGAAACUGAAAUGUUAAAACUUAAAAAAGAUAAAUUAAAAUUACAGAUGAAUUGUUAUUCAAAUGAGAUACGAAAACAAGAAAUGGAAAAAGAAAAGUUAAGACUUGAAAUUAAAUUGCUACAGUCAAAGGUUAUGGAAGAUUCCAAUGAUGUUUCUCAUUAUAUUUUUGUGCCUUGAACAAUACUUUAUGGUUAAAGAAAUAAGUAAUUACAGAACAAAAGUAACAAAUUGUUUGUUCUGUUAUAAAAAUUUGCAUAAAAAUUGCUCGAAUGUUUUCAAACGUUUUAAUAAUGCUCAUUUAUUCAAUUUUAUUUAAUACCAAUUGCACUAGAAGUUUAGAAUAUUUAUUUUGUUUCUUGAUGAAAUGAAAUGUAAGAUAUUUUUUUGUUCCUUGAAACGUUGAAACAUUUUCACAAUAUUUUAUAUUUCAAUAUAAUAUUGAUAUCAUUUCCAUUGCAACUGAUAUAUGCAUAUUCUUUUAUAUUAAUAUUUAAAAGAGACGUUCAAAGCGAGAAGUUAUUGGAAAUAUUCUUUAUGCCAAUAAUGUGACUAAAUAUAGGACAAAUG